CUCUGACCAUCACAGAGAAGAUCCUUCACUCUCACCUCUCAACUCAAGGUCCACUUGUCUUUCUCUCCGGAGGAAAGUCAAACUUCACGACUUAUCAGAGGACGCAAAGGUCUCUUCAUCAGCCUGUCUUAACUGCUGACCAGCAUUUCCCCAGGACUGACCUGAUUAUGAGAAUGAAGCAGACGUUCAUUUUUGUCAUUUUGUUGACAAUUUACAUUCAACUGGGCACCUCUAAUGAGACGGAUGAGAUUAGGAUAAGAAAGCCUCCACCACAGGGGGCUCAGGCCGCACAAGGAAAUGCUGCAGGAACGUUUACAUUUGGGGAUAUCAUCACAUUUCCAAGGACGACUUUGGGCAUUUCAAGCUAUAACCACUAUGCUAUUUACGUGGGCGAUAAAAAUAUCAGAGGUAAAGUUUCUGGACAGGACAUUUUUCACUUCUCAGGUGAAAUCACUGAUCUAGGAAAUGCAAAUUGUGUGUUUGCCAAACUGGAGGAUGUUACAGAAAACAGUACUCCUGAGGUACAAAAUAGAGAUACUGCAGAUUUGAAAAUGAGAAAAGUCGAAGACAUGAUUCAGGAUAUUACAACUCUGCACAACAGAUGUAAAGGAUUAUACGGUCCUAUUUCUGAUAAUUGUGAGCAUCUUGCUACAGUUAUUCGCUAUGGUUCUGCAACCUGCAAACAGGAAGGUGCCAAUAAAUUCAUCCAAUUUUUGGCUGUAAACUACUGCAGUAAGGAACCGACCCCUUUAUCACUUAAGAAGAAUAACAAGAGGGGGCGUGGCAGAAGAGGUCUUCUUCUCCUACAUGAUGAAACACGUGCCAACCAGGGUGCACCAGCUGCUUGAGUUCUAAACCUCUCAGAUGUUCUCUCUCUCUUCCAUCCUCUCUGUCUCUGUAUGAAGUGAGGUCUAAACCUCUCAGAUGUUCUCUCUCUCUUCCAUCCUCUCUGUCUCUGUAUGAAGUGAGGUCUAAACCUCUCAGAUGUUCUCUCUCUCUUCCAUC